CCUCUCCGCGUUGUGGUGCCCGGCGGCUCCGCCAGGGGGCGCCAGCUGCACCAACUCUCAGCCAGACAGACCGCGAGACAUGUGGCUGAGACUUUCUGAAAGCUACGCUCCGUUUUUAGCCAAAAACAAUUCCCGGAGAGUGCGAUUCGUCAGCAUUUCAUAGCAGGAGUUUGGACGCUAGAACCAGUUUACUUAGGUGCAAAGCAGCUGCAGCAGCACUUAAGUGGUGACCAGGGGAGCCCGGCAGACAUGACUGGAGCUGGAAGUGGCGACCAGGGCCCGCCUGAUGGGGCGGAUGCUGAGGAGGCGGAGAGGUGUCCUAUCUGCCUCGGCGUCCUAGCUGGAGGCGAGCUUGCGAUGCCCGACAGCUGCUGUCACGUCUUCUGCCUCAGAUGUCUCCUCACAUGGGCCGAGUUGCAGAUGGCUCCUUCCUGCCCGGUGGACAGAAGACCUUUCACUAAUGUUUACAGAUGGGACGGGAACCUGAGCUGCGUGCAGGUUCCUGUGAGGAAACGUGCGACUCAACCUGAAGCUGACAGUUGCUGCUGCAGAAACCCCGAACAAAAAGUCUGUCUCAAAAGUAAGGCUGCACGAAGACUGAGACGGCAGAAGGUAGAGAGGACGGCCGACGCCAAAACAAAAGGACUUGUGAGGAAAUGUAACGACGAUGGCCACGCCUCCCUGAGCAGAAAAAAGGUGAGAGGAACAGAGUGCUGCACCUGGUCACCGUCUCCAUGUGUCUCACUAACAACAUCGACGGAGGACAUUGCAGAGCCGGUGUGGGAGGACGUCCCGUACGAGUGUAAGCCUCAGGCGCAGGACUGUCCGUGGCUUUCUGCUGCUGCUCCCAUCCCUGCUAACGGAACCUCCAGGCAGAACUUCCAUCCCACCGGUUGUACCCACAGCCCGUUUUCUUCUCCCUUUACCUCCACUUCACCGUGUGGCCCCGGUCAUUUCGUGUUUCAGGGUGUCGUCUGCGCCAUCACGUGUCCCAAAGGAGGAGAGAAGAGAGGCGGUCGAGCUUCCACCUCCAAAGCUCCCACCAAAGAGGCCAAGUCUCUCCCGUCCAGGCGAUCUGGACGCAACAGUAAAACCCAGGAAGAGGCUCCCGUCUCUGACCCUUCAUCACCACCGCAGCCCUCUUCAUCCGACUCUGAUUCGUCGACCAGACAGGCCACCAAGCCAGGCCGGGCCGCUCAGGCGGCGGCCAAGAGGAAGGGCAAACAGGUUACAAACCGAAAGGCCGGCGGGAAAAGGAAAGCCCCAACAAGGAAAAAGAAAUCUCCUGAAGUCGUUAGCAGCCCCGCAGCAAGUGAGGAGGAGGAGGAAGAGGGGGAAGGAGGCGACAACAUGGAGAAGGAGGAGGAAGAAGACAAAAGUGAUCAGGAACAGGAUCUGAAAACCUCAGAGCAGCAGCAGUCUGACGCUGAAGGAAGCCUCAAUGAAGACCAGGACGCUUUCAACUCUGCGAAUGAGCGAGGAGGUGCUGAACCCUCGAGUAAUGAUGUGGGACAGGACAGUGACGACACUCAGGAACAAACUCAUGAACAUGAACUGAAACCAGAAGAGGGCGAAGACGACCCGUAUUGUCCCUCAGACUCGGCUCCUAACAGCCCCACCUCAGGCUCCGAGGGUGACCAGAGCAAGAGGGAGGAUGAAGAGCCUGCGAGCCCUGCGUCCUCCGUAGGAAAGGACUGUGAGAAAAGGACGUCACCGUCACCCUCUGACUCUGAGAAAAGGACGUCACGGUCACCUUCUGACUCUGACAACGCUCUGCUGGACGACCUGAUGUCUCCACACUGUGAUGAGCAGGAUGGUGAUGAGAUGGAGCUGUGUGCGCAGUCAGAAGAAGCCAACAAUGAAGAUUCUUUGAAGGAGCCAAUUGCUGAGUCAUCUGAGAAUUCUCCAAACCCAGCUUCCCCCUCGCAGGAUGAUCCAGCCAUCCCAGAAUCAAAGUCCUCUGACGACGCUGAUUUAAAAGCGUGUGGCUCAGAAGAGUAUUCAGGAGGUGACUGCUCCAGGAAAGGAACCAAGGACGACACUGAGGUGGUGCCCAUGGACUGCAGUUCCCCCAUGAGGGAGCAUAGUAACAGUCCCAUUGUGGCACCCCCAGAGGAGAGCGCUGCCUCAGCUGCUGCAGAGCCUCCGGCUUCUGCAAGCCAAGACGCCAAGGACAAGAGUAGUAAGGACGAAGAGGAGAGAGAAAGCAGCCAAGAGAGGAAGAAUGGCAAGCAGCGGCGCUCUCGCUUCCACUCCCCAACUUCCACCUGGUCACCUAAGAGGGAAUCCAAACCAGAAGCAUCCAGGCGCUCGCACUCACGGUCUAGAGAGCGUGACUGCAGCCCGCCAUCCAGCCGCUCGUCCCGAGCUCGCAGCAGAGAAAGAGACCGGGACCGGGACGGUGAGAGAGACCAUUCUAGGAGGGAACGCAGUCGUGAGAGGAGGAGGAGGAGAUCCAGGAGUCGCUCCAGGUCCAGGUCUCGGUCUAGAUCACGGUCCUACAGACGAGGGCCCAGCCCAGAACAGCCGCCCUCCAGAGAACAGUCUCCCCAGAAGAAGGAGCGUCGGGGCGGCUGGAGGUCCGGGCAGGGCAACGGGUCUGGUGGCGAAGGAUGGAGGCAACAAGGCGGCGCUGGGCGCGUAGAGAAUGGUGUGCCCACAGAAAGUUCCCCUGAGCGUCAGGGCUGGUCGGAGAAUCCCGACUGGGUAACAGAAAAGAGUCGCAGUGACGCUGACAGCAAGAGCAGUGGGGGCUCACGCUGGGAAGACCGCAACAGCGGCGGCAGCAGAGGAGAGUCGAGAGGCCGCGGUGGCCGGGGUGUAGGGCGGGGGGGCGGCAACCGCAGUUUCUACAACCAGCAGGAGGAAACGUCAGACAGCCGCUGGCAGCCCAGAAAUAACUUCUCAGGUACAGGAAACAAUUCAGGGACCGACGCAUAUAGCCGCUUCAACGAGAACCGGGGCGGUGGCCGGAGGAAAGAGUCGGAGUCCGGGGACUCGAUGCUCGACCGGUCCGGCUGGUCGUCGGCAUCCAGUUGGGCUGUCAGGAGGAAACUCCCCGCAGACGUUCAGGAUUAUUACUCCAAGAGGGAGAGAGGAGGACCAGGAGGCUGGAACCGACAGGAGGAGGAGCAGCCAGCAGCAGCAGAUGCCCCUAAAGGCGACCCUGCUCCCCAGGCGGUCCCGGGUAAUGCCCCGGUGCCUGUGAUGAACGUGAUUGCUCCUCAGCUCAACGUUCUGCAGCAUCACUACCCCAUGCAGGGCCCAAGGGGAACGCUGCCCGUCAGCCUGCAGCCCGCAGCAGCAUACGGCAUGCCUCCUCAGGUCCCUGUGCACCUCCACUCUGCCGUACCGCUGCUUCAGGUCCCCGCUGUCGGCGCUCAGGGCCUCCCCCCUCCUCCCCCGCCACCUCCACCCAUGCAUCACGGCAGCCAGACAGCAGCAGCUCAGCCCGAUGGCUACAACACACAGAUGGCGAGUGCAAUGGGGGGCUACGGUAAACCCGGCCUUCUUCCCACCCCAACCAAAGCUGGUGUUUCCUUAGCAACCUACGGCCAGUCGGCACCCAGCCAGGUGUUUCCCUCCUCCACCACUCAGCCCGGCCUGCACAGCAAGGCUCAGCCUGACGGCUCCAAGAAAGAGAAGAAACAACAGAUCCAGGAGAGAGCUGUGAAUGAAGUGAAGACGGCCAUUAAACCUUAUUACCAAAAGAAUGAAAUCACCAAGGACGAGUACAAAGAGAUCGUCCGCAAAGCAGUAGAGAAGGUGUGCCACAGUAAGAGUGGGGAGGUGAACUCCAGUAAGGUGGCCAACCUGGUGAAGGCCUACGUGGACAAAUACAAGCACGCCCGCAAGAAAUGAGCGUCUGCCCUGCUGCUGGCGCCGCGACGUCCUCACAGACACAUUCAGCUGCUCAAGUGCAAUUUCCUCUGGCUGGAAUCUGGCCUCCAAACUGAAAGACAACGGAGAGCCGACAUUUUCUUUUUGAUAUCUCUACCUUUUAUUGAAUGAUGAAGAUUUUUUUCUAUAGAUUUUCAUAUUUUGUUAGAAAAAUAAUUACCCAAUCAGAAAUUGUACUGCAAGAGCCCUUUAUUUUGCAUAGAUCAUGUGACUGGGGAACUACUGUAAGGUGCACAGGGCAGCGUGGGGGGGGGGGAUACUUAAGAUGCAACACUCAGAACCACGUCAGCUCGUGUAGUGGAGACUCUCCAGAGUGCCGGCUGGUACGAUGACUUCCUGAUCGCAUAGCUUGUUAAUGAGUAUUGUCAAUGUUCUUUUUUUAAAUAUUAUAUAAUAUUUCAGAUGAAAGCCUAGUUUAAAAACAGUGCAUUGCCUUUAUGACUCUGUGGAAUCUGAUGCGUGUGAUUGUAAUCAGGGCCCUGAUUGGUUGAGGAGACGCUAAGUGAGUUUGUAAUGUAAAGGCACGGGGGGAGGGGGCGAUCAAAUGAACCCCCCACCCCCCGGCCUGAAUGUGUAUGAAAUGUCAAUGAGUGAACAUGAACUGUGCAAAGUAUCCAGAAAGUGGUGAAAUAAUAAAUGAGCUGCUUCCUCA